UUCAGCUUCUACAACAUGGGAUCAUCAUCAUACACAGAAGAUGAUUUAAGCACCUUAGAUCCUUCAACGAUCUAUGUCCAGGAGCUUGUAAAAGGAGGAGCAUCGAUCCCAAUCCCUCAACAAUUCAUACGUUUAAAUCAAGAACCACCUCCUUCCUUCUCUGUCACCACCGCAACCCCAACCGUUGACAUGUCUCGUUUGCUUUCCGAAGAUGACCACUGCCAUAAUCUCGAGCUCCACAAACUGCACUCCACUUGCCAAGAUUGGGGUAUCUUCCAGCUGGUGAACCAUGGGGUUAGCUCAACGCUGCUGGAGAAACUGAAUCAUGAGGUUGAGGAAUUUUACAGGCUUCCUUUGGAAGAGAAACUGAAAUACAGAAUAAGGGAAGGUGAGUUGGAAGGGUAUGGUACCAGGAGCAGAGGAGAUGGCAAGUAUGAUUGGGUAGACACUUUUAAUAUAGUCACUAACCCUGUCCAUAAACGAAAGCCUCAUCUCUUCCCACAACUCCCUCCAUCUUUAAGGAGUACGAUGGAGUGUUACUUAUCGGAACUCCAGAAGCUUGCAGCUAAACUAAUAUGUUUAAUGGGGAAAGCAUUGAAGAUCGAUGAAAAGGAGAUGAUGGAGUUGUUCGAUGACGGGUUGCAAGCGGUGAGGAUGGCUAAUUAUCCUCCGUGUCCACAACCGGAUCUGGUGAUGGCCCUCACUCCUCACUCUGAUAUCACUCUUCUUACUAUCCUACACCAAGUUAAUGGAGUGGAUGGCCUUCAAGUUAAGAAAGAUGGCCAUUGGUUACCUUUCAACUUCAUCCCAGAUGCUUUUGUGGUCAAUGUUGGAGACAUUUUCCAGAUAUUUAGCAACGGGGUAUAUCACAGCAUUGAGCACAGGGUUUCGGCUUCCAGAGAGAGAGAGAGACUGACAGUUACCUUCACCGUGCUUCCCAAUUCCGAGGCAGACGUCGGGCCUUCACCGAGUCUCAUAAACGAACAUAACCCUCCGUUAUUCAGAACAGUGGGAUUGGAGCAAUACUUCAAUGAUUUCUUUACCCGCAAGCUCUAUGGAAAAACAUAUCUGGACCAUAUGAGAAUUCAAAAUGGACAACAACGCGCCUCUACAUGAACUUGUGUUUUCAUUGAAUAAUUGUAU